CCCUGGGGCGGCCGGGUGGCCCCGGGGGGGCCGGGGGCGGGGAGCGGGCGGCCGGCACCGCCCCGGCCGACAAAAGUCCCUUCAGUUCGGCCGGCGGCAGGGGAAGUCCCGGCGCCCGGCGCUGCCACCGUCCCGUGCCGCCCCGCACCGCCGCGCUCCGGCCGCCCGCCCGGCCGCCACCCCGGCGGCCCGAUGCCCCGAUGCCCCGCGGGGGCCAUGGACGAGGGGCCCGUGGACCUGCGCACCCGGCCCAAGGCCGCCGCGCCCCCGCGCGCCGCGCUGCCCCUCCGCAAGCGCCCCCUGCGCCCGUGCUCGCCCGCGCCCGCCGCCCCGCGCGGUGCCCCCGGCCCAGUGCUCCCCGCCGACGCCCGGUGCUACGGCUCCGGCUCGCUCGCCCAGCCCGCUCCGCCGCCCGGCCCUGUGCGGCCCGAGGCGCUGUACUACCCCGGACCAUUGCUGCCCUUGUACCCCACUCCCACCACGAACACCCCCUUUCCCCUGCUGAACCUGCCUUCACCCCUGUACCACAUGGUGUACUCCAUGGAACACCCUCUGUCAGCUGAUAUCGCCAUGGCGACCUAUGCAGAUGAGGAUGGAGACACGCCACUCCACAUCGCUGUGGUGCAGGGUAACCUCCCCCUUGUGCAUCAGCUGAUCACCCUCUUCCAGCAUGGAGGCCGGGAUCUGGACAUCUACAACAAUCUCCGGCAGACGCCGCUGCAUUUGGCUGUGAUCACCACCUUGCCGGCGGUGGUCAGCCUCCUGGUGAUGGCUGGUGCCAGCCCCAUGGCACUGGACCGCAAUGGACAGACAGCGGCCCACCUGGCAUGCGAGCACCGCAACCCCAACUGCCUGCAGGCCGUGCUGGACAAUGCCGCCCCGGGCACCGUUGACUUGGAGGCCCGCAAUUUCGACGGGCUCACAGCCCUGCACGUGGCUGUCAACACCGAGUGUCACGACGCUGUAAGGCUCUUGCUGGAGCGCGGAGCUGACAUUGACGCAGUGGACAUCAAGAGCGGCCGCUCGCCGCUCAUCCACGCCGUGGAAAACAACAGCCUGAACAUGGUGCAGCUGCUGCUGCAGCACGGCGCCAACGUGAACGCGCAGAUGUGCUCGGGCAACUCGGCGCUGCACUCGGCUUCGGGCCGCGGACUGCUCCCGCUCGUGCGCACCCUGGUCCGCAGUGGCGCGGACAGCGGCCUCAAGAACUGCCACAACGACACGCCGCUGAUGGUGGCGCGCAACCGCCUGGUCAUAGACAUCCUGCGGGGAAAGGCCACGCGGCCCCCGCCUGUACCCCCAGAGCCCUCCCCCGAGCGCCGGGCCACCCCCUCCCCUGAAAGCAGCCACCUCAGCUCCAAUGGUCUGCUGUCCGCCUCGCCGGCCUCCUCGCCUUCCCAUUCUCCUCCCAGGAAGUUCCCCCGAUUCUCCAUGGUGCCCUCCAGUCCCCCCUCCCCAAUUGCCUUCCGGCCCUUUCCUGGAGUCCUCCGAGGCCCUGGCCGGCCAGUGCCCCCCUCCCCGGCUCCAGGAGGCAGCUGAGAAGAAUGGGGGGCGGGGCGGAGGCAGAUGUCGGACUCAUGAGGAGGGACCCCUCCUGCGCAAUGGGGUCAGCCCUCCUGGAAACUGUGAAACUGCUCACUCUGCACUCCACCCCACCCCCAGUCUUUGGGACCAGGAUUUGCACAGCGGCACCUGCAUCUACUCUGAGCACUGUUGUUCCACCUCGCCCUUCCCGAAACCCCCACCCAGCCCCAUGAUUCUCAGGCACCCGCCCUCUCUCUGCAGUUCCACUCACACAGCCCCUUCCUGGGAGCUGGUGGAAGCAGGAAACCCCCUCUCUCCUUUGCCUUCGACCCCACUCAAUAGACAGGGAGAAGAGGGCCGGGCCGGGCACUGAUAGCAAUGUAAAUUAUUAGGCAUUUUGGUCGGAUUUCUUUUGUAAUAAACUAUUUUUGUACCAUAUUGCUUGUGAGGCCUCACUUGCAGGAAGCGAAGAAAAGCAGGUGGAUGUUUGCAAGUCUGUCCCUCAUAUCCAGGCCACGCGGUGAGG